UUUGGAACGGAAUAAAGGCUUUUGAGAAGUUGAAAAGCAUGAAGCUUAGUCACUCUUACAAUCUGAUUAGAACACCAGACUUCACACAAAUUCCGAAUAUAGAGAGCCUUGAUCUUGAAGGGUGUAUAAGCUUGCUUGAGGUUCACGAAUCCGUUGGACUGCUCACAAAGCUUGUGCUUUUAAAUUUGAAAGACUGCAAAAAUCUUGUGAGUUUCCCAAGCAGCGUCUGUGGUUUGAAAUCUCUCAAGAAUCUGAAUCUAUAUGGCUGCUCGAAACUCGAAAAACUUCCCCAGAACUUGGGGGAAGUCGAGUGUUUGGAGGAGCUAGAUUUAAGUGGGACUGCAAUAAGAGAACUGCCACCCUCUAUUACUCUCUUGACACAUCUUGAAAAGAUGUCUCUCCGUGGAUGUAAUGGGCAACAAAACAGAACAUGGACUUCUUCCAUCUGGUCAUUGCUUUUGCCGAAAAGAUAUCAAGAUUCAAUUUGUUUAUCGCUGGCUAAUUUGAUGGGUCUGAAGUCUCUUAGAACAUUAGACUUGAGUGAUUGCAAUCUUUUGGAGGGAGCAAUCCCCAAUGAUCUUUGUUCCUUAGUCUCUUUAGAAACUUUAGAUUUAAGUAGAAACCAUUUUGUUAGCCUGCCAUCAAGAAUGAAUCAGCUUUCUAAGCUUAAAAAUCUUUCAUUGAACAAUUGCCAGAGGCUUGAGUCUUUGCCAGAGCUUCCAUUUGGAAUAAUUUUUAUUGGGACACAAGCUUGCGUUGCAUUGAAAACAUUCUCAAGUCCACUAAGUCCAACUAGUUCUGCAAAUAUCUUGUUCCAGUUUUUCAAUUGCUCCGAACGGGUCACAGAUCAAGGCAGCGCGACCAACAUCACGUUGGCAGUUAUGUUCCUGAAACUACGGCUUCAGGAACUCUCUAGUCGAUCUGCUCAAUUUCAUAUUUGCCUUUCUAGUGGUGAGAUUCCAGAGUGGUUUAGCCAUCGGAGUCAUGGAGCCUCAGCAGCUGCCUAUGAUCUUCGUAUUGUUGCCACAAAGAACGGGGCACCUGUGGACAUUGUGAAGGCGUUUAACAAUGGUCUCCUAAUUGACCCGCAUGAUCAGAAAGCCAUAGCAGAUGCCCUCCUAAAGCUGGUUGCUGACAAAGACAUGUGGUCUGAUUGUCGAAAAAAUGGACUCAAGAAAAUCCACCACUUUUCAUGGACAGAACACUGCCGUAACUACCUCUCACAUGUAGAUCACUGCAGGAACCGUCACCCAACCACACGUCUUGAGAUCAUGAAAGUUCCUGAAGAACAAAUGAGUGACUCUCUAAAGGAUGUGGAAGAUCUUUCUUUAAAGGUCUCCAUAGAAGGAGACUUCAAGCUUAAUGGGGAGCUUGACGCAGCAACGCGACAGAAAAAACUCAUUGAAGCCAUCAUCCAAAAGGCUUCCUUCAAUGGCAGUGCCAGUGUCACUCACAGUCCUGGUAGAAGGCAGACACUCUUUGUAAUAGCUGCCGAUUGCUAUGACAGCAAUGGCAAUAUCACAGAGAAGUUUCAAACAACAAUCAAGAAUGUGAUGAAAGCAGCAGGAUUGAGUAUAGGCUUGGGCAAAGUAGGCUUCAUAUUGGUAACCGGUUCAAGUUUACAGGAGACUAUGGAAGCAAUCAAAAGCUGCCCAGUAAAUAUAGAAGAUUUUGAUGCAAUAAUAUGUAACAGUGGAAGUGAACUAUAUUACCCAUGGAGAGAUAAUGUGGCUGAUUUGGACUAUGAAGCCCAUGUAGAAUACAAAUGGCCUGGUGAGAAUGUGAGAUCAAUGGUGAUUAGGCUUGCGAGGACAGAAGCUGGAGAUGAGGAUGAUGACAUUGCAGAGUACGUGGAUGCAUGCAGUUCCAGAUGCUACUCUUACAGCAUAAAACCAGGGGCCAAGGUAAGAUUUUUAUGACAAUGUUCAAAAAUACUGAUAUAAAUU